AUGAAUGUUGAUGAUCAUACAAAAGUGAUAGUGCUUCCAGAAAAGCACCAAAGUUUCACUAUACUAAGCCUACCAUUUGAAAGUAAUAGCAAGAAGGUGUUAUUGAGUGAUGAUCAAUUAUAUGAACUCAGACAGAUCGAUGGUAAUAAUCCUUACAUACAAGAUUCCAAAAAGCCAGUAAUUCCUAGACUGGGGAUGUCAGUCAAAUCAUAUAUAUUUGAGAACGAAAUCCAAGGUCAAGUUUUAUCGAAUCCAAACUUGAUUGCUAGUUCUAAGUAUAAUUUGAUCUAUUGGUUGAUUCAAAUAACGUACUCGAAUAGAUCUAAAUAUUCGAGUCGUUUUAUAACGUUUGAUGAUUUCAUUGAUAAAUUAAGCUCAGAAUAUGCGAUAGUAUCAAGCUUGACUAAGAUUAUAGAGGAAAAAAUGCCUGAGAUAUUCGAAGUUAUAAAUGAAGGAGGUGAAGUUUUUUACAAAUUAUCAAUUAAUAAGAUUUUUCAAAAAUUGAAUGAUAAGGUGAAUAAAUUAUUUGAAACAUUGAAAAAAAACCAAAGUUUUAGUAUCACAACCAAAAUCAAACAAGAUCUUUAUUCUGAUGUUAAUAAUACUGAGAUCCCAAUUAGUAUUUUAAAUUUAUCAAUUUUAAAAUAUUCAAUCGAUUUAAUAUUUGAAUCCUAUCUAAACAAGGAUAUUAAACAAGAUUUCAUUAAAGCCCAUAAGAUUAAUUUCAUCGAAUUGGAUAAUUACUGCAAAGAGUUAAAAGAAAAGAAAAAGUCUUUGGAAGUUAUUGAAUCUAAUAUGAAUUCUAUAGUUCAAACCACGACUAAGGCUAACAACAGUAGAAAUUCUGCUAAAACAGUUACUAAGAAAAAAACUACUAAGAAGGAAGUUAAAAAAGUAGCCGUUGGUAAGGGAGCACUUGAUGGGUUCUUCAAAAAAGCCUAA